GUUUCAAGGAGAAAUAAAUUUUUCCUCUCUCUGAAGCGAAGCUAUAUGUCAUCUUGAGUCAUCUACCAAAAGAUCAGUAAUAAAAUCAGGUGUUUAAUUACUUCUUGAAAGUGCAAAAGAAGUUAAAGAAUUUUUAAUACUUCGGGUAUAGUCGAGUCGAAGAUUGUCAUGUUCAGCAGAUUGAAACUUGAAUGACAAUCCAAGUUCCAGGAAUUUACGUUUAUAGUUGUCACUUACCAAACAUUUGCCAUCGAUAGCAAGUUCAUUUUUAUCGUGUGAAUCGUUUAUUAUUUAAAUUUAGUCACAACGGGGGCUGAACAAUCAAUCAUGUCCGUCUCUCAGAUGGAAAGAAAUUUAUUCAACCUAAAGUUCGCCGUGAAGGAAUUAGAAAGAAAUUCGAAGAAAUGCGAGAAGGAAGAGAAAGUAGAGAAGGCCAAGAUAAAGAAGGCCAUUCAAAAAGGAAACAUGGAAGGUGCGCGUAUUCACGCAGAGAAUGCAAUUCGCCAACGCAAUCAAGCGCUCAAUUAUUUGCGUAUGAGCGCGAGGGUGGAUGCAGUGGCCAGCAGAGUACAAACUGCUCUGACAACACGUAAAGUCACACAGUCAAUGGCUGGUGUUGUCAGAGCCAUGGAUGCAGCAAUGAAGUCUAUGAAUUUAGAGAAAAUUUCAGGCCUGAUGGACAAGUUCGAGAGUCAAUUUGAAGAUCUGGAUGUGCAGAGUUCGUACAUGGAAAAUGCUAUGUCUCAGACUACUACAACCAAUGUACCACAAAAUGAUGUCGACUCCUUGCUGCAACAAGUUGCAGACGAGGCUGGUCUGGAAUUGAAUAUGGAACUGCCAUCUGGACAAUUAGGCAGCGUAGGCACUACUACAGUCAGUCAAGAACAGGACGAGCUCACACAGCGGUUAGCAAAACUUCGUGAAUAGUAACAUCCUCUAAAGACUAGUUACAGAGCACAGACAAACACACAGAGAGUGAGAAGCACAUAUGCUUAAUCGCUAUAAUUAGUAUUCAUUUAUUCAAAAGGAAAUACGCAUAAAAGCAUUUUUAAAAAUAUACUUUAUUGUCCUAACAGUAUAUUUUUCUCUGUAUUCAUUUAUUUCGACCGAAAUACUUUGAUAACGGUGUAAAAACAUCGAGAUUGCACGAUCUAAGAUUCGAUCUAUUUUAUAUGCUUUAUGUAGUGUUAAUUACAUAUUUCCAGCUGUGUACAUGACACGGCAAUGAUCGUAUAAUGUUUACAGUAAAUGUGCAUAUUCAACAAUACGAACUUGAUAUGAAACAUUGGCGGAAUAGAGUUUAAUCUACUAAAGUGAUUGCAGAACUUCUCUCCAGUCAACACAUUAAUAUGCUUUUUAAAAUGUACACUUACUGUAACAUGUACAUAUUAUAAAUAAGUGUAUCAAAGUAUGUAAUGUAUCUAUAAAGGCUUUCUAGCUACUCAUCAAUGAAACAACUUAUUAUUAAUAUAAAACAUAUAUUUGAUAUAUAUUCCUUAGUUCGAGGAAAGUUUUUAUAAUACAGAAACUUUUGUACCGUAUAACACGCGGGGAUGUUAUUAAAGUAUACCAUUCUUAACUCUUA